ACGACGAGUGGAGCAUUGGUGUUGUGGUUCGUUGACUACAAUCGCCUCAACACUCUGCUCGUUCCAACUCUCAACUUAUUUUUGGCAUUACAGCCCAUACAACCAUUACUCCAGUUUAAUUGUUGAGCAAUUGGUGGUUCGCUCGUAACGGUAAACAGAGUGUGUGUUUUUUUUCCAUGUUUUAAACUGCUCGGGUUAAUUUUUUUCCCGGGGGGAAAGCCGAGUGCGUUGAGCGAGCAACAAAAAGAGGAGAGAAAACUUGGAAUCAUAAAUAAAUCGAAAAUUGAGGCCUUUGUGAUUGUUGAAUCGAGUGCUCAGACUCAGUGCUGUGAAUUCCGGUGAAGUUUUUUUUUAUCGUGGCGAAUGCAGUUAAUGCAGUUGAACUCGUGAACUCAGAGUGGAUAACUGUUGCUUCAAAUAUGUGGAUUCAUGUGCAUCCAGUGAUGUAACGGGUCUUGUCGUUGGCUGACUCAAGGACCAGAAGGACUCUCUUGUUGAGGACCAAGUGAGGGCCACGUGGACGCGUUGCUAGCUCCCGGAAAAAUAUGUGCAAGUAUGUCGGAGAGGGGGAUGCAAGCAGCGUGCGAGGAGCCAGAGAAGAAGACCUCGCUCUAUGUAUUCCCAGGACCAAUACCGCCCCGCGUUCCACCACUGAAUCCCCUGCAAUCGCCUCCAACGAUAACAACGACAAAUUUACCAUGGUACAAAGACGUUGCAGAGGAAUUCACCGAGCUAAACGAAGAGGACAUGAAACGUCGGCGUCAAGGUGUACAGAGACACACGAGAUCAGCGAGUCAUGGGGGUGUCCUGGCGACCUCGUCGACUGGUUGGCAAUCGACACUGGGAUCACCAGCGAAUUUUCCCACCGGGAGCAUUGGGGCUGGUCGGCCCUCGGCUCUAAAAAAACCUGGACAUCAGAGGGCAUUCUCUCAGGGACAAGUGGUGGACGUGCAGGGCCCCGUCACUGGCCACAGCAGAGUUGGCUCCAGGACGGAUUUCAUUCUACCACCGGGACAUCGAGAGGAGACGAGACCUGCCACUGCCAAAACACCGUCCUUUCGAGGGCACUCACGACAGGCGUCGAGGUCAGAAUCAAUCUAUACAAUUCGACGUAGUGCAGCGCCACCCUGGUGGAGGCGUGCGUGGGCGAGGUGCUUCGGGUCACCCCCCGAGGAGCCAAAAUUAAGGACCAUCAUACCAAAUCACCUGGUACCACCAAAAACACCAGCGAAGAAGCACCCCAAUGGCAGUCAUGACAACAGGGUACGCACAACAAAAUACACAGCUCUGACUUUCUUACCCCGAAAUCUCAUGGAGCAAUUUCAUCGUGUCGCAAAUUUGUACUUCAUCUUCAUUGUCCUGCUGAACUGGGUGCCAGCGAUAAAUGCAUUCGGUAAAGAAAUAGCAAUGAUACCAGUAUUAUUCGUUCUUGGUGUGACAGCACUGAAGGACUUCUUCGAGGACAGGAGAAGAUAUGCCAGUGAUCAGCGUGUCAAUAAUUCAACGUGUCGAGUUUAUCUCAGUGAAGUAGAUCGUUACGCAAAAGUUCCGUGGAAAGACGUGAAGGUCGGUGAUCUCGUUCAUCUGUCUAACAAUGAAGUAGUGCCAGCUGAUAUCCUCCUGCUCCGCAGCAGUGAUCCCCAGGGAUUUGCCCUCCUCGACACGUGCAAUCUCGAUGGCGAGACUAAUCUCAAGCAACGACAGGUGGUGCGCGGUUUUUUGGACCUCCAGGACACCUUCCAACCGUCAAAAUUUCGAUCGGUCGUCGAAGUUGAUCGGCCAAGCACGAAGAUCUACAGGUUUUACGGCGCAGUUGUGCACCCUAAUGGCGCGAGAGUGCCGGUUACCACGGAGAAUCUUCUGUUGAGGGAAUGCCUAUUGAAGAACACCGACUUUGUCGAGGGCAUUGUCGUUUAUGCCGGUCAUGAGACCAAGGCGAUGCUCAAUAAUGGGGGACCGAGGUAUAAACGAUCAAGACUGGAGCGACAGAUGAAUUUGGACAUAGUCUGGUGUGUAGUGAUCCUAGUGGUCCUCUGCAUCGUGGGUGCAGCUGGCACUAAAUUCUGGCUCUCGACAUUCACAACCGACGCCCCAGUUCCUUUCCUUCCCUCCUUCAAAGAGCCCAUUUAUGAGGGCAUGCUGACAUUCUGGACAUUCGUGAUAAUUCUUCAAGUGAUGAUACCCCUGAGCCUCUACGUGACCAUGGAGAUGGCCAAGGUGGGGCAGGUAUAUCACAUCGGUCACGAUGCGUCACUCUUUGAUCCUGAGACUGGACGCAAGGCUGAGUGCAGAGCCCUCAACAUUACUGAGGAACUGGGUCAAAUACAGUACGUCUUCUCGGAUAAAACUGGAACAUUAACGGAGAAUAAGAUGAUAUUCCGCAGAUGUGCUGUGGGUGGUCAGGAUUAUGGACAUCGCGGUGAGGAUGAGAAUAUCCUUGCCUGCACCAGAUUGAAGGAGGAUUUAUUGAUUGGCAAUGCACGUCAUCGGCUCCAAGAGUUUCUCAUACUAUUGGCCAUUUGUAAUACUGUUGUUGUUAAUACUCAGCCACAUCAUGACCUCAUGAAUUCCAGUGGUGUCAUCGAGGAGCCACAGAAGAAUGGGGCUGCUAUGAGGUAUACUCGCCUCUCCGAAUCCCGAAGUACCACUCCUCCACCGCCCCCAGCGCCCUCAGCAGCCCCUCCGGCCCAAGAGCCCCUGGAACCCCUGGAGCCCCUAGCAAUAAGCGUAGCAAAUCUCCCCACAAAGAUAUCUCGUCCACGUCUCCUCAACGUCCCCACAAUUCCCAGUUUGAACAUCGGCCUCCUCCGGAAGCACUCGCCGAUCGGAGCCCGAGGGAGUCCAUCCUCCCCCAAUGCUCGUGGAAACACCUCCCUGGGCUCCGAAUCACCCCCUCCAAUCUACGAAGCAGAGAGCCCUGACGAGCUGGCCCUGGUGUACGCAGCAAAAGCCUACGACGUCAAGCUCAUCAAGAGAACAGCUCGCAGCGCUGUCAUAUCACUGCCCGACAAGUCAACCCUGGCAUUCGAAAUUCUUCACGUUCUACCUUUUGACUCCAGCAGAAAGUGCAUGUCAAUAGUCGUCAAACAUCCUCACACUGACGAAAUAGUUUUGUACACGAAAGGGGCCGACUCAACUCUCCUCUCGUCCCUCACGUCAUCGGAGGAAGAGUCACCAGCAACAGUUAAAAUUCGCCAGCUCCUUCACUCCUACGCUAGACAAGGGCUGAGAACCCUGGUGAUGGCGAGAAGAACCCUGUCAUCCACUGAGUUCGAGGCAUGGAGACAGAGGCAUUCAGAGGCUGAACUGGCUAAUGACAAUCGUGAGAGGAGGAUCAGAGAAUCUUUUUCAUCUCUGGAGGCCCAUUUGACACUUGCUGGAGCCACUGGAAUCGAGGACAAGCUCCAGCAGGGGGUGCCAGAGGCAAUGGCAGCCCUCGUUGCAGCUGGAAUUGUCGUUUGGGUGCUGACUGGGGACAAACCAGAGACUGCUGUCAACAUUGCCUACUCUGCCAAGCUUUUCUCACCUGCUAUGCAGUUGCUGAGGCUCCAGGCGAGGUCAAAGUCAGUGGCUGAGGGCCUGAUUCACGGGUUCCUGGAGGCCAUCAGGAUGGACACUGGGAGGAUCAAUGAGGCUGCCUCUGAGACUAGAACUUCUGGGGCUGAUGAGGUUGACAGGGUUGCCCACAGGAUUGGAGCACCCUGGCAGAGACAGAGGGCUCUUGUUGUUGAUGGAAAAACACUGACUUUCAUUCUGGAUCCAAGGUCUGGGCUCACUGCACCCUUUCUGGAGCUCACCAGGAGUUGCUCGAGUGUUCUUGCCUGCAGAGCUACUCCUCUGCAGAAGGCUUAUAUCGUCAGGGUUGUCAAGGAACAGUUGGGGAUGAGAACUCUCGCCAUUGGGGAUGGGGCCAACGAUGUCAGCAUGAUUCAGACUGCUGAUGUGGGCGUUGGGGUCUCGGGGAGGGAGGGGACACAGGCUGUUAUGGCUUCUGAUUUCGCUAUUGCCAGGUUUCCCAUGCUCACUAGGUUACUGCUACUUCAUGGACACUGGUGCUAUGAUAGACUUGCCAGGAUGAUACUUUAUUUUUUUUAUAAGAAUGCCAUGUUUGUCUUCCUGAUUUUUUGGUAUCAGCUUUAUUGCGGAUUUUCGGGCACCGUAAUGAUUGACCAAAUGUACCUGAUGCUCUACAAUCUACUAUUUACCUCACUGCCGCCACUGGCGAUUGGAAUCUACGACAGAAUAGCAUCACCAAAUAUUUUACUGACAUCACCCGAGCUCUACAGUCGAGGAAGACUUGGGCUUGUUUACAAACCCCAUUCGUUUUGGAUUACAAUGGCUGAUGCUUUGUAUCAAAGCAUCAUUAUAUUCUUUGUCACAGAAGCUGCUUAUCAUGAUUCCGAUGUCGACAUCUGGGAGUUUGGAACCACAAUAACUACCUCCUGUAUUUCCGUAAUGCUUAUUCAUGUCUCCCUCGAGAUCAGAUCAUGGACGAUUAUACAUGUCGGCACGAUACUGGCAUCACUAGGACUAUUUUUCGGAUUCUGCCUGUUAUACAAUAUAAUCUGUGUGAGCUGCAUUGGACUACCGGGGUCGUACUGGGUGAUGCCAGUGGCUAUUUCAAGAUGGGUGUAUUGGCUUACUGUGUUGCUUGCCUCCGUCCUUGCCACAUUACCGAGACUCGUUUACAAGACUGUAAAGAAUACAGUGACACCAGACAUGAUUCAACGUGCGAAAUUACACUAUCGUAUGAAACGUAAUCGUGCAACUGAUGAUUGCCAACAGGGAGUAACAGGAAGAGGUGAGCGUGGUCUAGUCGCUGGUUGGUCGCGUUCCACACAACACGCGACCAUAAGGUAACAAUUACCUGGAGCUUACGGAAGCAAGGGCAAUGUCCUAACGACCAUAGUUGCCUGAAAAACUCGACCAAAAUGAAACUAGAGUGCAGGAAAAACUGGAGUCGAGAGUCAGGAGAAACUAUUUUUCAGUAGGAAAAAACGAAGUUAUUAUUUUCAAACAAAAUGAAAUAGAGAAAUUAAUUUCAUGGUUGAAAGCCAUGAUUUAAAAAUGAACAUAAUGUGCCAGACUGAGUGUCACAGACAAGACUCGCUUUGAAAUACUGCAUUUAGAUUUUUUAAUAAUUAAAAGUAAAUUGAAAAUCACAUCUGCCUAAUUGAAGUGUACGAGAGCAGUCACAUGACCUCUGAUUAUUCUCUUUUAUCAGCAAAUUUUUCUUGAUUAUCCUUUGUACUUGUUUAUUUGCGAAAUGAUGUGGCCUUCCAAUGCCUCCCCUACAUGGGACUGCUGUUCGUUGCAUUUGGCUGUGACUAUUAAAGGGGACCAAGUCUUUAAAUUAAUUAAUGAGGGAGUGAAAUACGUGUCAACGUUGAGUGAUUGAGGAGAGAUGAGGCAAACAGGGAAAUGUCGAUUUAUUGAUACAUUUUGAAAAUGAGUAAACAGUAGUCAAUAUUACGGUGUGAGAAGUUCUCUCCCACUGGGAUGAUGCAUUUUUUAUCCUUAUUUUCUCGCUUUUUUGUACAUUGAAUCAUGCUGUUUUAGAUUAGAGGAGAGUGGGGGCUUGCUAAAAUCGAUUUAAUUAAAUUUACACUAUCUUUCGAGCAAAUGAUGUGAUUCAGGUGAAUUUAGUGUCAUUUUAGUAAGCAAAAUAUUAGUGAUCACUUGCUAUUUCUGAGGCAUUAAACGUGACAAGUGAAAUUAAUUUAAGAAAAAAAUCUUUUAUUAAAAUUGUAAAAGUGAAUAGUCGACACUUCUUCAUUUUUAAUCAGCUAAAAUUAAAUUGGAAAUAUCUGUUGUAAUUUUGCUGAAAAGGGAAAAUUAAUUAACAGUAUUUAGGCGUGAGAAGUAAUUAUUAAAAAUAGUAAUGACGCUAAUUCGUUAAAUUUCAAUCUAUCAAUAUCAAAUUAAUGCUGAUUAAGCGUCUAUUAUCCCCUGCUCUCCCUAUUUUCUCCACAACGCGCGUCUGGGUUUUAGUUUAAAAUUUAGUUUACUUGUCUGAAGUAUUUCUUUUUCUCCAAUGAAUGCAUGUGUGUUCGAACAAUCCUAGAUAUUUAAAGAAAACAACCACCUAAGCUCUUGGAAUCAACGUUCUUUUGAUUAAUAUAGAGGUAUAAUUAAUACAUGUUAAGUUUUACAUAAACCCGAAUUUUAAUGUACGUGAAUUUUGAAGAAAUUAAGUAACGUAUUUAAGAAAUUGUUACGAACCAUUGAUAAAUGUUACUCAUGAUGUGGGGAAUUAGGGAAAUUCUUCAUCAUCAUGAUUUUUUGAUAACGAAAAUUAGACAGACGAGACGAAAAUUUUAUGGGUCAUUGUUCGUUGUAGGAAAUAUAUUCAGGUAUAAUGUUCAAAUUUGGGGAGAACUAACGUUGGCGUUGUUGAAAUUUUAAGACAAUUGGAGGUAAUUGUUGGAGAUGAGAGAGGGUGGAAAGCACUGACGUGUACAUACAUUGUAUAGAUAAAAUAAAUAUUCAUAUAUAUUUUA